UAUUAAAGUGCAGCUACAGCAGGUUGUGGCUACAGCAGGUUGUGGCAGGGAGUUGGAAUUGUUGUAGAGACCUAUGGAACGUGUAUACAAUGUUGUGAUUCCACAUUAGGAAAUCUGUUACUGCUGUUCAUCUAUUUUACGCUUUCUGUCAAAUAACUCAAAUAUAAGAAACAUUGGUGAAACUAUUGGACAAACUAGAAAGAAACUUAUUAGACUUAUUCAGAAAGUGAGUGUUUAGGUCCAAGGAUAGUAAGUACCAUUCCACAAAUUUAGGGCGUGUUUUGUUUUUGCGGUGUUGAUUUCAAUUUUUUCCUUCCUAGCUGAACACCAAUCUACCGCACAGAGAGAAACUCUAGGGUUAAAAUGAUCGAUGCCAUUUUAAUAUUUGUGAUAGUCUUGUCUACGCUGUACUGGUGGACUUCUCAACGCAAAAAAGGUUUCCCGCCUGAACCAGGACUGUCGUUACCUUUGAUUGGUCACGUUCAUUUGGUAGAGACGGAUCCAACCAAUCAGUUCAUUCAAUGGAGAAAAAGACUCGGUGACGUCUUCCUGGUUCGCUAUGGCUACAAGCAGGUGGUCUUCAUCAGCGGCUACGAAGCGAUUCACGAGGCGCUGGUCAAGAAACACGCCAUCUUCAUGAACAGGUCGGACGGGUUCCUGCAUGAGGUUCUGUUUAACCGCAAGGGAGUCAUCUCCCUUGCUGGAGAGGAGUGGCGAGAGCAGAGGGCGUUUCUCCAGCAGGCACUCAAAGAACUGGGGAUGGGACGCAACGUUAUGGCAGAGAGGAUCCAUGCUGAGGUUGGUCACUUGCUGCAUGAAAUUGACCAGUCCAAAGGACAACCCUUAGAUUUACGAAAACUGUUCACAGCCAGUGUUUCUAACGUCAUAUGUUACAUUACUUUCGGCAGACGAUAUGAUUAUGACGACAAAGUAUUCAACCAAAUGCGAGAUCUAACAAUGCGACAAUUUGAAAUAGCCUCCCCUUCUUCGCCAUUGCAUUUCUUUUACAAGAUUAUCAGACGUCUACCUUUGGAUUUUUUUCACUAUCGAGAAUUUAUGCAAACAAUCAAAACCAUGAUAGCUCACUUUACACGUAUGAUUCAGGAAACUGUUUCUGAUAGUCGCAAUGAUGGACAUUACAUUGUUCACAUGUUCACAGCAGAGAUGGAUAAAAGAAAGGAAGCUGGAUGCAGUUCAACUUUUGAAGAUGGAAAUCGGCUGUAUAAUUGCUAUAACUUCUUCAAUGCUGGCACGGAGACAUCCAGCACCACGCUUCUCUACGGCGUUCUGUUUCUGGUCAACUUUCCUGAGAUUCAAGAGAAGCUCUUCGAAGAAAUUAAAGAGCAUGUUGGAACUGAUCAUCUGCCUCCUUGGAGCAGCAGAAAAAAUUUGGUAUUGCUAAAUGCUUUUAUUUACGAGACCCAGCGUCUCUCCAGCAUUAUACCAUUAAGCUUAGAACGAAUGACGGCAAGCGACUCGACAAUUAAAGGAUGUUUCAUCCCGAAAGGGACCGUUGUAAUCCCAGUUUUAGAUUCUCUUUUAUGGGACGAGGAAGUCUGGGGGGACCCCAUGAACUUCAGACCUGAGAGAUUUCUCGAGAACGGCAAACUAACAGUGAAGAAAGAAUUUUUGCCUUUCUCUGAUGGCAGUAGAAGAUGUUUGGGAGAGCCUCUUGCUGCAAUGGAGCUUUUUCUAUUUAUGGCAGCUUUGAUUCAACGCUAUAAAUUUGUACCUGAAGAAUCUGGGAAAUUGCCAGCAAUGGGAGGACGCUAUGGAUUUUCUAGAACACCGCAUCCCUUUAAAGUGCGAGCUUUGCUGAGAGAGUAAAUACUUUGACUUUUUUUUUAUACCAGAAAAAAAUAUUCCAAUGUAAGUCUCCUGUUUCUGUUAUUGUUACUUUUUCCCUUUUAUUGCAGUUUUUAGAAUUAUAAAAAACACAUUUGUAAAAGUAUUUUUAUGCUCUACUUCCAAUAUAAUCAUCUUCUUUUUUGAAGUAACGUCCGUAUUAUAUAAGAUAUAGAAUAGUAGAACUUGGACUUAGGGUUUUAUUUCCCACCAAUACAUUGAUUCAGUUGGUGACGUCAUGUGAUCACGUGACAUGUUAGUUUAUCGUCUGCCGUAAAAACUUCAGAAAUUAAGUCUCCGAGGUCGUAAAGAUUUGUAAACAUUAGACUGUAGGAAGUAUUUGUUAUAUUUUUUUACGACAGUUUGUUGUUUGCAUUUUAAUAAUGCACGUUGAUUAUAAACAAGUACACAUCACGUGACCUCGCAGAGAUGUGAAGCUUUUUUUUUUAUUUCAUUGAUAUUGAUUCUUUGAAAAUGAAACUGAUAACCUCCUUCAGUGAGUUUCUGUUAACUAUUAUUGUUGUUUAUUUAUAGGUAUUACAUAUACAACUAUACAUUAACAAUCAUUGUCUGUCUUUUUAUUUGUCUUAUUUUUCUUAUUUGUAAUCUUUUAGAAAAGAAAUUCGAAAUUCUGUCUGCGUCAUUGUUAUAAAUAGCAUGAACUUGUUGACACUAGAGUACCUAGGCCUAUCGCUGUGGCUGAGCGGUAAAGCGCUUGGCUUCCGAACCGGGGACCGGGGGUUCGAAUAGGAUUUUUAAUUUCGGGAUCUUCGGGCGCCUCUGAGUCCACCCAGCUCUAAUGGGUGCCUGACAUUAGUUAGGAAAAAAGUAAAGGCGGUUGGUCGUUGUGCUGGCCACAUGACACCCUCGUUAACCGUAGGCCACAGAAACAGAUGACCUUUACAUCAUCUGCCCUAUAGACUACAAGGUCUGAAGGGGGAACUUUACUUUUUUUUACCUAGGCCUAUAAUAAUAAUAAUCUUUGCUUUUUUCCAAGCUGUGCAUACUUUACAUAUAGGCCUACGUACGUGAAUGUUGUGAAUUUUUUUCAUCUAUACUGUUAUUGUACAGUAGUUACGCUGAUGUUGUCUAUUGUAGUCAAACUGAAUUUCCAUUUGAUUGGAUCAAUAAAAUUAUCUUAUCUUA